UUUUUUUUUGCAGAACUUCACACUGUAUUUCUGCCUGCCUGACGACACUUAAUAACAGGAAUUAGUCUGAUCCAUAAAGAGUUAAAGGACAUGUUCAGCUCUGGUUUUGUCGUAGGCUUGAAGUUGAUUUAUUAGACCAAUGAUUAACUUUAGGCUGCACACACAGAGGUUAAAGAGCAUUUCCAGUGCAGAGGACUCACUCAGAAACUGGUGUCUGCGGAGAGGAGGCUCAUCUGCAAACCUCUCACAGUCAUGGACCCGUUCAUCGGCUCAACUCCGAGAGAAACUUUGAUGCGAGUUUCAGCCUCGCUGGGCUGCAGCCCGACCUCUGCAGAAGUGGCCUCAUACCUCGACGAACAGGACGCGCUGAGACAUCUCAGAGAGAAAUUCCUGGUGCCCAAAAUUGCAGAUUUGCCUCCUUCUGACCUCUCGCUGGUCGACGGUACCAAAGAAUGCAUCUACCUUGUGGGAAACUCGACGGGGCUUCAGCCCAAAAUGGCCAGGAAGUACCUGGAAGAGGAGCUGGACAAGUGGGCCAAAAUGGGAGUCCAUGGUCACACAGAGGGCUCUCGACCGUGGGCGUGGGCUGAAAACAACAUAGAGGACCUCAUGGCUAAUGUUGUUGGAGCUAAAACUGAGGAGGUGGCACUGAUGAAUGGCCUGACAGUUAAUUUACACCUUCUAAUGCUUUCCUUCUACAAACCCACAGCAGCUCGGCACAAAGUCCUUCUAGAGAACAAGGCCUUUCCCUCAGACCAUUACGCUGUAGAGUCUCAGAUCCGACUGCGAGGAUUCGACCCUCAGAAGAGCAUGCUGCUGCUGUCACCCAGACCGGGAGAAGAGACUCUGAGAACAGAGGACAUCCUGGAGGUGAUCGAGAAGGAGGGCGACUCCAUCGCUGUGGUGAUGUUCAGCGGAGUCCAGUAUUACACGGGCCAGCUGUUCGACAUGGCCGCCAUCACUGAGGCCGGCCAGAGGAAGGGCUGUUACGUGGGUUUCGAUUGUGCCCACGCUGCGGGAAACGUCGAGCUGAAGCUGCACGACUGGGGCGUCGACUUCGCCUGCUGGUGCUCCUACAAGUAUAUAAAUUCAGGUGCCGGUGGUCUGGCUGGGGCUUUUAUCCACGAGAAACAUAAAGACACCAUCAAACCUGCGCUGCUGGGAUGGUGGGGACACGACCUGAAAACUCGGUUCCAGAUGAAUAACGUGUUGGAGCUGCAGCCCGGAGUGAGCGGCUUCAGACUGUCAAACCAGCCCAUCCUGCUGGUCUGCCCCCUGCAGGCCAGUUUAGAGGUGUUUAACAUGACCAGUAUGCAGGCGUUGCGCAGGAAGUCCCUCCUGUUGACAGGCUACCUGGAGUACCUGAUCCAGCAUUAUUACAGCCAGGACCCCACCCAGCCCGACAAAGCCCACGUUCGCAUCAUCACGCCCUCUGACCCUCAGCAGAGAGGCUGUCAGCUCUCACUCUCCUUCUCUGUCCACAUCCGAAAGGUCUUCCAGGAGCUGGAGAAGAGGGGCGUCGCUUGUGACAUGAGGGAGCCCAGCGUGCUGCGAAUCGCUCCGGUGCCGCUCUACAACUCCUUCAGCGAUGUUCAUCGCUUCGUAGAAGCACUUGGAUCAGCUCUAAACGAAUGCUAAAUGUAAAAAUAAUCAGGUGAUUUUUCUUUUCCUUGGCUAGGCUCUUUCUUUCAAAGAGACAAAAUAUAUAUAUAUAUAUUUUAUUCACUAUACUCUUUCCACUUAGCCACAGACUGCAUUUGUUCUGCUUUUGAAAACAUUGCAAAUUCAAAAUAAUAGCUACCCCAGUCCCUUGCCCUUGUGACCCUCCUCUCGCAGCAUGGGGUUUGCAAAUGACAUGAUUUUGGGGGAAAAAUCUGAUGAAGCCCCUUUUUCCUUCCCCAUUACACACAUGAGUUAGCCGACAGUCUUCCCCUCACCAAUUAACACCUACUUUAUUAUAACGUUGACUUCUCCCUAAUGUUCUUGCAUGUGUUUAUGCACUAUUACCUUGACGGAUGCCUAUUCCACGAUUAGACAUAAUUGGCAUAUCAAUAUGCAAAACCUAAAUGGAUUAACCUUCUUUAAAACUAAUGAGCACUUGGGUGCCCAGCUGGGGAAUGGACCAGAAUUAGCAUUUGUCAUCUUUUUGGGGUGAUGUGAGAAUAAAUAAUUGAAGAGAGGCUGCUGGGUAUUGUCUUUCCUUGGGCCACUUAAGCUUGACUGUACUGUUUAAAAAGAAUAAGGGAAUAUGCACAUUUACUGUCUUAAUGAUGACGUACAGUGUCUGAGGACAAAAAUACAAAGAAGCUGUUUUGAUCAAAAUGGAACACGUAAAAAGAUAACUUUGCAUGAAAAAAGUAGCAUGGUGUGAUUUGUUUGUGAAACCGGCUUAUUGAACUUGUGAUACAUUUGAUAUAUAGGUAGGCCUUAUUGUGUGCUGGCUGGGUAUUGCUUUUUUUGCUGGAUGUUUUAGUAAUUGAGUUGUGUAGUAGUUUCUUUUCCAACAUUUUAAAAAUAGUUGUAAAAGAGUGUUUCUUCAUGUUUCUUAACAUAUUAAAAACUGUUUUGUGCAAAAAGCCA